UGCACACACACAGGGUGGACACACACUCACCGCACACCUAGAAACACUUGCAGAGACUAAUUUAGUUAAAGCUGGGAAGAUGCCGUGUGUCAGCUCUAACCCCGACCAGAUGGUGAAGAUGCCUUGUAGCUACAGCUCUGUGGUUGAUAAAAUCCUCUUGGUAGAGGAGAUCCUGUCAGAGUUCAGUUUGAAGAAGGAAGAGCUAAAAGAAGUCAUGAAGAGGAUGCAGCGCGAGAUGGACCGAGGAUUGUGUUUAGAGACACACGAAGAGGCUAGUCUCAAAAUGCUUCCAACAUAUGUCUGCUCCACCCCUGAAGGAUCAGUGUGUGUUUUAGCAGAAGUGGGAAAUUUCCUGGCGCUCGACCUGGGGGGGACCAACUUUCGCGUGAUGCUUGUGAAGGUGGGUGAAGAUGAAGAGAGGAUCUGGAAGGUGGAGACCAAGAACCAGAUGUACUCCAUUCCUGAAGAUGCCAUGACGGGCACUGCUGAAAUGCUUUUUGACUACAUAGCAGAGUGUAUGUCAGACUUUUUGGACAAACAUCAUUUAAAGCACAAGAAGCUUCCUCUGGGUUUCACCUUCUCCUUUCCAGUAAGGCAUGAGGACAUUGACAAGGGUAUCCUGCUUAACUGGACCAAAGGCUUCAAGGCUUCUGGAGCAGAAGGGAACAACAUUGUUGGUUUACUCAGAGAUGCUAUCAAGAGACGAGGGGACUUUGAGAUGGAUGUGGUUGCCAUGGUGAAUGACACAGUGGCCACCAUGAUUUCCUGCUACUAUGAGGAUCGCAGCUGCGAAGUUGGGAUGAUUGUUGGCACUGGUUGUAACGCAUGUUACAUGGAGGAGAUGAGGACUGUGGAGCUGGUGGAAGGGGAGGAGGGCCGGAUGUGUGUGAACACAGAGUGGGGGGCGUUCGGAAACAACGGGGAGCUGGAGGAGUUCAGACUGGAGUACGACAGAGUGGUGGACGAGAACUCCAUUAACCCCGGACGGCAGCUAUAUGAGAAGCUGAUCAGUGGGAAGUAUAUGGGAGAGCUGGUCAGGCUUGUUCUGAUGAAGCUGGUGAAUGAAGACCUGCUGUUUAACGGUGAGGCCUCCGAGCAGCUGAAGACACGUGGGAGCUUUGAGACGUGCUUUGUCUCACAGAUGGAGAGUGACACUGGGGACAGAAAGCAAAUUUACAACAUCCUGUCCUCGCUGGGUGUUCUGCCGUCAGAGCUGGACUGUGACAUUGUGCGUCUGGUGUGUGAGAGCGUCUCCACUCGCUCUUCACAUAUGUGCGGUGCCGGGCUUGCAGCUGUGAUCAACCGGAUGAGAGAGCGACGCAGCCAAGAAGCCCUGAAGAUCACAGUGGGGGUUGAUGGAUCCGUCUACAAGCUGCACCCAUGGUUCCGUGUAAGAUUCCACCAAAUUGUCAGGGACCUCACGCCUCACUGUGACAUCACCUUCAUCCAGUCGGAGGAGGGGAGUGGUCGUGGAGCCGCCCUUAUCUCAGCAGUGGCCUGUAAGAUGGCUGCCUGCAUGCUGACCCAGUAAACUGAACUGUGAUCUGAGAACAUUGAUGACAAGUCAUUCACAGACGGCAGCUCCGGCCUUUUUCAGGCUCUGAGGGAUGUGUGUCGGUCAAGACACCCACAGCUGGACGAUGUACAGACAAGAAAGCAAGCUGUAUUUGACUGUAUUUGGUAGCAUUAGACCAGAUUGUAGUAAACAUGUAAUGUUUCUGAAUUUGUGUAUCACUGCCUAUUGAUAAUAUUUGGGUAUGAACUGGCCCAUUUCAACAAUGGUUAAUGUUUGAUUGGGGAUAUGGUAUAACACCCAUGCGAACCUGUUCCUUACAUUACUUGUACAUGACAUGUAUAACCCAGGGAACCAUUUGUAAAUGCUGCUACGAUCUAUGACUAAACCAAAUAUAUUGCUUUGUUAUGUAGUGAUUUCUGUUUGUGAGAAAUGAAAUAUUCCUUUGUCAUGUAUAUUUAAAUUAUACAGAUCUAUAUGCAUAUGUAGCCAGUGCGUUGUAGUUUCCAAAUGUGCAUGAUGAAAAAUGAUGCUUUCGAUUUGAAUAAGCCCAACUUUAAAUAAAAAUGCUUUAAUAAACUCAACUAUUAUAU